AUGACGCCUUGCUUUUACUUUUUUUCAUUAUCAUCAUUAUUUUCAACUAGUCAUAUACGUUCAUUUUGUGUUAGUUUUCUAUUACUUUCCAUCGUAUUAACAUUUAUCAAUUUUUUAACAACAACAACAUCAAUUAAUAAAUUGACUACGAAUGAAUAUAAAACCGAAUUAAAUCUUUCAACUACAACAAUUUCUCUCCCAAUUUUAUUAUUAGAUUCCAAAGAUGUUUAUCACAAUCGAUUUAAUUGUUAUGAACGAACUAAUCGUCAACGAUUAUAUAGAAAAAAGACAAAUAAAACAAGAUCAAAUAUUACAAUGGAACUUAAUCAACCAAAUAUAACAUUAUUUGAACGUAAUACAAUACCUUAUGAUUAUGAUAUUUGGCAAUCUGCUCCAACAAUGCCACGAUUAGUUUCUAAAUGUGAACAUAAUCUAAUGAUGCAAUUAUUAAAACGUUUUGAUCAAUUAACAAAAAAAUAUUCACUUGAAUAUAUGAUUAUUGAUGGAACAUUAUUAGGUUCAUGGCGACAUCAUGAUCUUAUACCAUGGGAUGAUGAUAUUGAUUUAAUGAUGUCCGUUCGACUUAAACAUCUUCUUAUUAUAGCUAUUGAAUCUGAAUCUCCAUCAUCACCUUAUUAUAUUGAAUUUCAUCGUCGUUGGGAUGCACCGAAAGCAUUUGAAUAUUAUAAAUUUUAUUUUUCAACAUCUCCACAUUUUAGUGAGCAUCCAUGGCGUUAUCCAUUUGUUGAUUUAAUUUUUUAUCAUGAAAAUGAAACACAUAUAUGGCAAGAAAAUAUGCAACAUGUAGCAACUAUAUCAAAACAAAGUAUUUUUCCUUUACAACUUCGACCAUUUGGUUCAUUAUGGUUACCAUCACCUCGAUCACCACAUGAUUAUUUUCUUAGUGUUAGUUGGACAACAUAUGAUGAUGAAUGUUAUAAUGGACCUUGGUCACAUAAAUAUGAAAGAACAAAAGAUAUGGAUUAUGGUUAUGAAUCAAAAUCUAUAAUGAAUUGUUAUGAAUUAAAAGAAUUCUAUCCAUUUGUUGAACGAUCAUUAAUUAAUCAAGAAGAACGAUUAGUUAUUAAUGGUACAGUAAAACAAAUUAUUCGAAUGAUUAACGACAAAUAA